UAAGGUCUAAGGCAGGAAGCAGAACCUGCAGCAUACUGUGCCCAGCUGGGAAGAUGGCUCUGCCUUGGGCAGUCUUACUGGUUCUCCUGGGUUUCCAAGCCCAGGGAGCUCAGGCAUGGUGUUCUGCAAAGGAUGAACCCUACAUUGAUAAGCCGGUCAGUGACCCUGACAUAGUGAAGUUUGCUGUGAGUACAUUCAACAACCAGAACAAGGACGAGUAUGCCUACAGAUCCAUUCACAUCAUGAGUUUUUCAAAGGUACAGGAAAAGCUACCAACAACUUUCUUCAUGAAGCUGAGGCUGAGAAGAACCAUCUGUAAGAAAUUCGAGGAAAGCCUAGAUACCUGCCCCUUUCACAACAGUCCUGAACUGGACAAUAUCUACAUCUGCUCCUUCACCAUCAGCACCCCACGCUCAAAACAGUUCAACAUGUUGAAAAUGACUUGUUCUGCGGGGCCUCCAUGACUGGAAUCCACCACAAGGAUCUACCCACAGCAUUGGUCCAAGCCUGCUCCUUUUUCUGAAGAUAUUUGCCAUUCAUAGGAAGCAGCAACUACAGGCUUAAGAAGCUCUGUGCUUCUUGCAAGUGUCUGGGGUUCCAUGUCCUGGGAUUUUAGAAAAUUCUCUUUGAACAGAUUAAUCAUAGAAUAGAUCAUUAAACACCAG